UCUCGCGAGAGCUGCGCGCGCCGCCGCCGUUCCCGCCGCUGAGGCAGGGGCAGCGCUCCCCCUGCCCUCCCCCCACCCUCGGCGGGUCCGUUCCCGCUCCCGGUCUCGCCUCUCUACGCGCUCCUCUCGCGAGGCUUAGGGGCCAAAGUGCCGCCGCCACCGCCUCGCGAGAUCUCGCUCAUCAGCGUGCCGCAGCACCCGGGUCCCCCUCCCUUGCCGCGACCGGGCCGGGCCGAGGAUGGACUGGGUGUGAUUCCCGGCGGAACGCGAGAACCAGAACCCCCAAAAUGAAAGUGGAUCGGACGAAACUGAAGAAAACCCCCACGGAGGCGCCCGCYGACUGCCGGGCCCUCAUCGAGAAGCUGAAGGCGUGCAGUGAUGAGCAGCUGGUGACGGAGCUGCAGCAGAUCAAGACAUGGAACAUCGGGAAGUGCGAGCUGUACCACUGGGUGGACCUGCUGGACCGCUUCGACGCGCUGCUGGCCGAGGCCGGCCGGCCAGUGGAGGCCAUGAGCUGGAUGCUGGCCUGCGACCGGCCCGAGCGCCAGCCCCUCAAGGCCCUGCUGCUGGCCCUGCUCAACUUCACGGCGCUGCUCAUCGAGUACAGCUUCUCCCGCCACCUCUACAGCUCCAUCGAGCACCUGACCACGCUGUUGGCYUCCUCGGACAUGCACGUGGUGCUGGCCGUGCUCAACCUGCUCUACGUGUUCAGCAAACGCUCCAACUACAUCACCCGCCUKGGCUCGGAGCGCCGCGGGCCACUGCUCGCCCGCCUGCAGCACCUGGCUGAGAGCUGGGGUGGAAAGGAGAAUGGGUUCGGGCUGGCUGAGUGCUGCCGGGACCUGCACAUGAUGAAAUACCCCCCCAGUGCCACCACUCUGCACUUUGAGUUCUACGCCGAGCCGGGCGUYGAGGUGAAGGUGGACAAGAGGGCCACCAGCACCACCCUGCACUACAUCCACAUCGAGCAGCUGGACAAGAUUUCAGAGAGCCCCUCGGAGAUCAUGGAGUCCCUCACCAAGAUGUACAGUAUUCCCAAGGACAAGCAGAUGCUGCUCUUCACCCACAUUCGCCUGGCCCACGGCUUCUCCAACCACAAGAAGCGGCUACAAGCAGUGCAGGCCCGGCUCCACGCCAUCUCUAUCCUGGUGUACUCCAAUGCGCUGCAGGAGUCAGCCAACAGCAUCCUGUACAACGGGCUCAUCGAGGAGCUGGUGGACGUGCUGCAGAUCACCGACAAGCAGCUGAUGGACAUCAAAGCAGCGUCGCUGCGGACGCUGACGUCCAUCGUGCACCUGGAGCGCACGCCCAAGCUCAGCAGCAUCAUUGACUGCACCGGCACUGCCUCCUACCACGGCUUCCUGCCYGUGCUGGUGCGCAACUGCAUCCAGGCCAUGAUCGACCCCUCCAUGGAGCCUUACCCCCACCAGUUCGCCACGGCGCUCUUCUCCUUCCUCUACCACCUGGCCAGCUACGAUGCGGGCGGCGAGGCCCUYGUGUCCUGCGGCAUGAUGGAGGCACUGCUCAAGGUGAUAAAGUUCCUGGGGGAUGAGCAGGACCAGAUCACGUUUGUCACACGGGCAGUGCGYGUGGUGGAUCUCAUCACCAACCUGGACAUGGCUGCCUUCCAGUCACACAGCGGCCUCUCCAUCUUCAUCUACCGCCUCGAGCACGAGGUGGACCUAUGCCGCCGUGAGUGUCCCUUCGUCAUCAAGCCCAAGGUGCAGCGACCACCUGCUGCCACCCUGCCUGAGGGUGAGGACAUGGAGACAGACAUGGAGGUGACCGACGUGGCCAUGGAGAGCAGCCCUGGACCCUCGGCCGAAGCCCGGCCGGACCCUGCGCCGCCAGCCCCACCUGCUGUGCCCAGCACCAGUGCUGCUACCCCCUCCCCGCGCGGCGGAGUGCAGUGCAUCCCGCAGCGUGCCGCCUUGCUCAAAUCCAUGCUGAACUUCCUCAAAAAAGCCAUCCAGGACCCUGCCUUCUCCGACGGCAUCCGGCACGUGAUGGAUGGCUCGCUGCCCACCUCGCUGAAGCACAUCAUCAGCAACGCCGAGUACUAUGGGCCCUCGCUAUUCCUGCUGGCGACCGAGGUGGUGACGGUGUUCGUGUUCCAGGAGCCCUCGCUGCUGUCCUCGCUGCAGGACAACGGCCUCACCGACGUCAUGCUGCACGCGCUGCUCAUCAAGGACGUGCCAGCCACACGGGAGGUGCUGGGCUCACUGCCCAACGUGUUCAGCGCGCUGUGCCUGAACGCGCGGGGGCUGCAGAGCUUCGUGCAGUGCCAGCCCUUCGAGCGCCUCUUCAAGGUGCUGCUGUCCCCYGAUUACCUGCCGGCCAUGCGGCGCCGCCGCAGCUCCGACCCCCUCGGCGACACCGCUUCCAACCUGGGCAGCGCUGUGGACGAGCUGAUGCGACACCAACCCACGCUCAAAACUGAUGCCACCACCGCCAUMAUCAAGCUGCUGGAGGAGAUCUGCAGCCUGGGCCGGGACCCCAAGUACAUCUGCCAGAAGCCGUCGAUGCAGAAGGCGGAUGGGACGGCGGCUGCACCACCCCCACGUUCUCCCCAUGCUGCUGAGGAGGCCUCGAGUGAGGAUGAGGARGAGGAGGAGGUGCAGGCCAUGCAGAGCUUCGGGGCUGCCCAGCAGAGCGAGGCCGAGCCCAGCCAGACAGUGGUGGGCACUGAGGAGCGUAUCCCCAUCCCACUUAUGGAUUACAUCCUCAACGUGAUGAAAUUCGUGGAGUCCAUCCUGAGCAACAACACCACGGACGAUCACUGCCAGGAGUUCGUGGCGCAGCGGGGGCUGCGGCCGCUSGUCACCAUCCUGGGGCUGCCCAACCUGCCUGUGGACUUCCCCACAUCUGCUGCUUGCCAGGCUGUGGCUGGGGUCUGCAAAUCCAUCCUGACCCUGUCCCACGAGCCCAAGGUGCUGCAGGAAGGGCUGGUGCAGCUUGAGGCYGUGCUGUCGGCUCUGGAGCCGCUGCACCGGCCCAUCGAGGCUCCGGGGGGCUCGGU